AUGGAGCCCACUCAGCGUCCCACAUUGCCAGGGCCCGCGCCAGCGAUUUUCAAAUGUUUGGCGUGCGGGAAAAACAGAUUCAAGAGCGCUGAGGCACUCGCCGAACAUCAGCUUGCGGUAGGCCAUCGCCCUGGCGCCCCUGAACGUCAUGAUCGAUCUAAGCCCGGCAAACCGAGUGCCUCCGCCGAAAGCAAAAGCGAAACAGUGGCUGAGCCCCGGCUCAAUACUCAAACCCGACAGGCGCAUUUAGUACCAUUGGCGAUUGAUCGGGACCUUCGACUGGGUCGUUCUACGCAUGGCCCCGAGUUUAUCGUUCUUUCUGAUGAGCAAAUGUUCCUGGUUUCGGAAAGGCUCUUGGCUAGUUGUCACAGUGCUGCUCGCCUUCAGGUUCAGAGGUACAGGAUGACUGUUGAACCGCCUGAGAAGAAACCAAGGCCGAGCAAGAAGCAGUUGGAGAAGGAUACAAAGGCUCCUGGCGAGACGAACGGGGUUGGUGGGAGGUUUGGGGAAGAGGUGUUACUCGGCCAGAACCAGUCGAACAGGGACAAACAGCCUGAGAAGGUUAGCGAGAAUAGUCAUUCUGAUCUGAUCAGUAUUGCUGAUAAUAGCAACGCUCAGGAAGAGCAGCUACGCGACCACGGGCAGCUUGAGAAGGGUACACCGUCCAACGAAGCCAAUAAGGCCAGUACACCUCGUCAAAUCAAUAUUGUCGAUGAGAAGACUCCAGACGGCAAGGCGCAGAGCCAUGGUCAACCGCCUCAAAAAAAGUCCAGUGAAGACAAAACCAAAAGUGGCAAAUCGUCCAAAAGGCCUUGUGAGCCUAUCUUAUUCAUCCACACGCCGAAGUUCCUUGACACAAAACCAUAUGGGAUCAGAAAAGCCAUAGCACUUGAUUGUGAGAUGGUUGGAGUCGAAGGACAUCAAGAUCAACUGGCCUUUCUAAGUGCCGUCGACUUUUUUACCGGGGAGGUUCUCAUCAACAACUACGUUCAACCUACAAAAAGAGUCAUUGACUGGAGAACUCGCGUCAGCGGUGUUACAUCGGCCGCAAUGAGUGCUGCUGUACGAUCUGGGCAGGCACUGUUCGGAUGGCAAGCAGCUCAACAUGCAUUGUGGCGCUAUGCAGAUGCGGACACCGUACUCGUUGGCCAUAGCCUUGACAACGACCUCAAGGUGCUACGCAUAAUACACCCAACAGUUGUCGACUCUGCAAUUUUGUCCGCCGAACCAGUCUUCAACCCGGAACCGAAUGCGCCAAUCAGACGAAUCUGGGCUCUGAAGAAGGUUGCAAAGAUCUUCCUAGGUAGAGAUAUCCAAACCGGAGGCAAAAAGGGGCACAAUUGCCUUGAGGAUGCUUAUGCUGCUCGAGAUGUGGUUAUUUGGUGUCUACUGAAUCCAGACCGGUUGGCCGCGUGGGCAAAGAUCGCUAGGGAGGAGUAUGAACUCAAGAUGGAACAAAUUCGGGAAGCUAGAGAACAGGCAAAGAGGGAGGAAGAGGCGAAGAAGCACGAAAAGACGAAGAAGCAGGAAGAAAAGAAUAAACAAGAAGAGAAUAUGCUGGAUUUAGCACAGGACCGGGGGGAAUUGGAAAUGGAAGGGCAUGCACAUUCGAGUCUAAGAACCGUUCUAGAGGACACAGCAAUCUGUCAAGAACUCGAUGCGCGCGAAUCAGAUGGACCGCUGUCCGGUUGCCCUGUUAUCACUGAAGACGCUCUUGUGGAUGGAUGCAUCAUGAAGUAA